GAAUACGAUUUAAAAAUAUCGAAGCGCAGCUGAAAAUUUUCAGUCAUACCCAAAAUACAAUGAGUACAUUUUCGCGCAGUCCCAAAAUGUUAGGCGAUCUGGAGAGCGUCGAGAAAAUCCUGCCAGCGGAAAUAGCAGCAACAGGUGGAGGCGAAAAAAGCCCCUUUCAGGAAAAUCGCAUGGAAAUGGCCAGGAAAAUUCACCGAGGGAAGGGCCGACUGUGCAUGAUCUUUCGAUUGGGAAAGCAUCCGCGGUGCGAGUUCACCAAUGGAUUUCCCCCCGCGGAUCCAAAUGCAAAUGCAAAAAGGAGACGGUCCAUAUAACAAAUACAUAGUUCUUAUAAAUAGAGAUAAAUAUUUGUUUAUUUUUAUAUUAUAUUAUAAAUAUAUUAUAUAUAUUCAUUAC